AUGACGUUCCCAGGCAACACAGUGAACGCGAUCAACAAUGCAAUCCUUAAGGAUGUGAACCAGUACAGAACUACAUGCAUCCUCAAAGACGUAACUCCGGGAACCUACACUGUAGAGCUAAGAGACGACAGUAAUACCACCAGGAGGCAGACUCAGUACCACGUCAGCCAGGUCCACUCCCCUUGGGCGGGGCCUAUCCGUGCCAUGGCCAUCACUGUGCCUCUGGUCAUCAUGUCUGCCUUUGCCACUCUCUUCACUGUCAUGUGUCGCAAGAAACAGCAAGGGUUCAAUAAGACCAACAUCUAA